AUGAGGAAGUACGAUGCAAGUGCCCUGACAAAGUUCCGUCUUCUAAUGUGGAAGAACUUCCUUCAGCAAUGGCGACAUCGAAUUCAAACAGUAGUGGAAAUACUUUUACCGGUAGCAACAAUGGCAUUAAUCCUCAUUCUCCGGCACCAGAUCGAACCGAUUCGACAGAAUACUGUGGUUUAUCCACCAAUACCUGCAUAUUCUUUAAAAUUUUCUACCACAGUUUUAGCUGGAUUAAAUAUAAGCCAACUUUCAGUAGCGUAUUCCCCAGAGAGUCCAGUUUUAGAAACCAUUGUACAAAAUGCUAUAGUUAAUUUAUUUGCUCCAAAUAUAAAAGACCUUAUAAAAAUUAUAAAGGAAAAUUGGGGCAACGAUAGCUCACCAAUACAGAUACCGCCUAGCGUAAUUGAUAAUCCUGCUAGCCUCGGAGAAAUUCUAAAGUUGCUUAUACGUGUAGAACCUUAUGAAAAUAGUAAAGCACUAGAAACAAUUUACAGCGAUGAGAAAGCUAUUCGUGAAGUCAUAGCUGCCGUACAAUUUGAUAACGACCUUCUCGGAUUGGACAACGCCAAGAACAUUCCGUUAAAUAUGACAUAUUAUUUACGUUUUCCCGAAAAACCUCGUCAGUAUUCGUUAUUUGGAAUUGGUGGAAACAGUUGGCGUACCGACGAAAUUUUCCCAUUUUUUGCGGUACAAGGCCCGAGGUUUCCUUUUUCUUGGGAAGGUGGCAAUGAUCCAGGUUAUGUCAACGAAUUAUUUCUUGGUUUUCAACACGCGAUAUCUAUGGAAUUAAUGCAGGUUAUGACUGGGCAAAGUUUAAAAGACUUCUCAGUUAAUAUCAAUCGUUAUCCUCACCCGCCUUAUGUUCAAGACAUGGCAGUGGAGACAUUGAUGUUUAUAUUCCCGAUGUUCAUAAUGCUUAGCUUCAGUUACACAGCCGUCAAUAUUAUUCGGACAAUAACUAUCGAAAAGGAACUACAGCUAAAGGAAACUAUGAAAAUUAUGGGUUUACCGACGUGGUUGCAUUGGACGGCUUGGUUCUGCAAACAAUUCAUCUACCUGUUCGUAACAGGCUUGCUCAUUACUGUUCUUUUAAAGGUAAAUUGGUUCACAAACGAGCAGGGAUUCAGUGGUUAUUCUGUAUUUACUAACACACCAUGGACUGUACUAUUGUUAUUCAUAAUGUUGUAUUUAUCUUGUACGAUAUUCUUCUGUUUCAUGAUAAGCAGUUUCUUCUCUAAAGGUAGCGUUUCAGCGCUGUUUGGGGGAGUUAUAUGGUUUAUUACCUUUAUUCCUGCUUUUCUACUGGGAAUGGAUGUACACGUCUCAGUUCCUGUACAGGCUAUUACUUGUUUGAGCAUUAAUUCCGCUAUGUCUUAUGGUUUUCAACUUAUAUUAGGAUCAGAGGGUAGUCAAGGAUCUAAUAAUAGAUUAAUUGUAGGUAUGCAAUGGGGGGAGUUUUUCGCGACGCAUUCCCUUGAAACUGAUCGUCUUUUAUUCGGACAUGUAUGUCUGAUGCUGGUGUUCGACUGUUUUCUGUAUAUGCUGCUAGCUCUGUACUUCGAGCAGGUUCUCCCAGGACCUUGUGGAACCCCACGGCCAUGGAACUUCCCGUUCAAGAAAUCCUUCUGGUUGCCAUCUAAAAAAGUUACUCAAAAUAAUGAAGCUACCACUACUCCUGAAUAUAACAUUAAUGUUAAGGAAAAAGAUCCUACAAAUCUUAAAGUGGGAGUAAAAAUGGCGAAUCUAACCAAAAUGUACGGAAAUAACUUAGUUGUUGACAAUUUAUCUCUGAACAUAUACGACGAUCAAAUCACCGUUCUGUUGGGGCAUAACGGCGCAGGAAAGUCUACGACGAUAUCAAUGUUGACAGGUAACGUGGAGGUAACGCGUGGUAAUGUGUGGGUAGCUGGGUACAACAUGACCACACAGCCGCAGUUGGCACGCGCUCACAUCGGUCUUUGUCCCCAGCACAAUGUCCUCUUCAAUGAGUUGACUGUUCGCGAACACCUUGAAUUCUUCGCACGCCUUAAAGGCUACAGCGGUCAACAGCUGGACGAUGAUAUCGAUAAUCUCAUUGAUAGCCUGGAAAUGCAGGACAAGAGACAUUAUCUGGCGGAAGGUUUGUCUGGUGGUCAGAAGCGUCGUUUGUGUGUUGGUAUAGCGUUAUGUGGAGGUGCGCGUGUAGUGUUACUUGAUGAACCUACCUCUGGCAUGGACCCAUCUUCACGACGGGCGCUCUGGGAACUGUUGCAGAGGGAGAAGAAGAAUCGGUCUAUGAUUUUGACGACGCACUUCAUGGACGAAGCAGACUUUCUUGGUGACAGAGUAGCAAUCAUGUCGAGUGGCAGGCUUCAAUGUGUUGGUUCUCCAUACUUCCUGAAGCAACAUUAUGGAGUCGGUUAUACUCUGGUUAUAGUUAAAAAUAAUAACUUCCAAUUAGACUACUGUACAUCUCUAAUCGGGAAGUACAUACCGGGAACUGUAGUUCAACAAGAUCGGGGAAAGGAAGUGACGUACAGUCUCCCUAACGAUUAUUCACAUCUAUUUGAACAGAUGUUGAACGAUCUAGAACAGAAUGCUGAUAAAAUUAAUUACAAAAAUUAUGGUUUAAUUGCAACCUCUUUGGAAGACGUGUUUAUGUCAGUCGGAUCUGACGUAGAGAUUAACUCUGAAUCUGAUGACACUACCACAACAGCCACUGUAUCUGAAACUACUGACAAUGACCAACAUGAUCUUGCAUUAGACCAACUACAUAGAAGUGACGAAAGUGAAACCGGUCAUAGACUAUUGUGGUUGCACGUUAGUGGUAUUUGGAUGAAAUUGUUCUGGAUAUCAACUCGUUCCUGGGGCAUGCUGCUGUUGCAAAUUUUAGUGCCAAUCAUUAAUAUAAACGCAAGUUUGGCACUAUUAGAAUAUUUAUUCGGUAACCGAGCGACGGUUAUUCCACGUGCACUGACUCUCUCACAAGGAUAUCUUUCGACGGAAACUUUAUUGGGUUUCAAUGGCACCCAAACCUCAUCUUUAGGGGCUCGAGCCGCACAAGGCUAUGAAUUGUUAUACGAAUCAUUCAACAAAAAGAGCAUGAGACUCACUCAACUUGGUAGCGCUGCUAUCGGCGAAUACUAUUUGAAGAAGACUAAAGAUCCGGUUAUCAUGGCGGACAUACGUAAUCAAUUUUUGGUUGGAGCCACUUUUAUGGACAAAGGUGCGGUUGCGUGGUUCAGUAAUUUUGGUUACCAUGACGUAGUCACGUCUCUGGCAAAUGUACACUCAGCUAUACUGAAAGGAAUAAACCCAGCAGCCAGUCUGAAUGUGUAUAACUAUCCACUACAAGCUACUUAUAGAGAUAGAAGCGACAUCCAAAUAAUGAUGUCAUUGCUAUCAAUGCAAGUCGCUUCAAGUGUCGGAAACAGCUUAGCCAUCCUCAGCGCGGCAUUCAUCAUGUUUUACAUCAAGGAGCGAGUAUCCCGCGCCAAGCUUCAGCAGAGUGCUGCAGGUGUUCGUCCAGCUGUAAUGUGGGGAGCAGCAGCUGUAUUCGACUGGCUUUGGUUCGUGGUACUGUGUCUGCCGAUAAUUAUAUCAUGUGCCGCAUUCUCGGUUAUAGGACUUUCUUCUUUUACUGAACUUGGUAAUCUGUUUGUAUGUCUGAUGAUAUAUGGAGCGGCCAUGUUGCCUCUUCAUUACCUCUUCUCGUUAGUUUUCAACGGACCAGCCAUUGGAUUUGUUAUUUUAUUCUUUGUUAAUGUUCUUUUUGGACUAAUGGGUGCACAAAUUGUUGAAGCGUUAAGGAACAUAGCAAGUGGUACGAGGGUUGCAGCGACAAUUUUGGACUAUAUUUUGCAAUUUUUCCCUCUAUAUAGUCUCGUUACAUCCACUAGGUUGAUGAAUCAGUUGGGUUUAAAGACUUUCACGUGUAUGGAAUCUUGUGCAAAUCUUUUAGAAACUAUAGUCGGGAACACAACGGACUGUAACAUGGAAUUCCUUUGUAAACAGUUCCCGGACACUUGCUGUGUUGGAGACGGCUUGUUCGAGUGGAAGGAUCCUGGUAUUUUACGCUACUUAAUAUGCAUGAUCAUUACCUGUGUCCUCAUGUGGGCACUGUUGAUGGUUUUGGAAUAUAAUUUGAUACAGAGGUUGUUCAUUCGACACCGCAGUCCACCUCCGUCUACUGCCCCAGUAGACGAAGAUGUUUUGGAAGAGGCUCAACACGCUCAGCGCGCGAAACUCGAUAAAGGACUAGUGGCUCGGGGAUUAACAAAGUACUAUGGGGACUAUUUGGCCGUUGACAACAUAUCAUUUACUGUCAAUGAAGCCGAGAUUUUCGGAUUGCUCGGCAUAAACGGUGCUGGUAAGACGACGACCUUCAAGAUGCUGAUGGGAGACGAAACUAUAUCAAGCGGCGACGCAUACAUCAGCGGUUAUUCAGUCAGAAAUAAUAUCACACAAGUUCACCAAAAUAUCGGUUACUGCCCUCAAUUCGACGCUGUGUUUGAUGAAUUGACCGGACGUGAAACUAUUUAUUUAUUCUCGCGAUUUCGAGGUCUGAAAUACUCUGAUUCCCCGGCGAGGGCAGAGUUAAUAGCUAAUGCACUUGGUUUUACCAAACAUUUAGAUAAAAGGGUGAAGGCAUAUUCGGGCGGUAACAAGCGCAAGUUGAGCACAGGAGUGGCUCUUUUGGGACGGACGGAUCUGGUGUUUGUUGACGAACCCACGACGGGAGUAGACCCUGCCGCUAAGCGGACUGUCUGGCGAGCCUUGAGAGACGCAAAGAAGGCGGGUCGAGCCUUCGUACUGACAUCGCACAGUAUGGAGGAGUGCGAGGCGUUGUGUGAUCGUCUAACUAUCAUGGUCAAUGGACGAUUCAGAUGCUUGGGAUCACCGCAGCAUCUUAAGAAUAAGUUCUCUGAAGGGUUCACACUGACUAUAAAGGUACAAGGACGAAAUCUUGAGUCCCCAAGAACUUCAACCAAAACCGACAGCGGUAUCGAGGCCGUCAAACAAUACGUUACUGCUAAUUUCAACAACGCAAAAUUAAUGGAGGAGUAUCAGGGUAUUUUAACGUACUACCUUCCUGAUCAAACCGUGCCCUGGUCUAAGAUGUUCGGUAUUAUGGAAAAAGCGAAAAGAGAACUAGACGUAGAAGACUACAGCAUCAUGCAGACCACAUUAGAACAGAUAUUCCUACAAUUCACUAAAUACCAACAGGAAACCAGAGGAACGUAG